AUGAGUCACGGAAUCGAAUUAUCGAGUUCUGCUGAUGUUGAGCUUAUUCGAGUAUAUGAAGAUGAAGACUUGGCAAAAAUUUAUGCAAAAUAUAGAUUACCAUACUGUUCGACGAUACUGAAGGAAAUUAUGCAGUUUAUGAGAGAAAAAAGCCCUGCGAAAACCCAAGAUGGGAGAUAUGAGCGAAUGCUUGAUGUCGGCUGUGGUUGUGGAACAUUAUCAACACAAAUGUUUUCUUCGUAUUUUCAAUCAAUUUUGGGUGUCGAUAUCAGCGAAGCCCAAAUCAGGCAAGCAAAGCUAUUGAACAAAUCCAAAAACAUUACUUUUGAGGUUAUCCAUAGCCUCAAAUUUCCAGUAGAAGACAAUAGCAUUGAUCUCGUUACGUGUGGAACAUCAAUACAUUUUCUGGAUAUAAAGAAAUUUGAAAAAGAAUGUCAGAGAGUUUUAAAACCUGGAGGACUUUGUGCUGCGUAUGUGUUUAACCUCCAAAAGGCGAGGUUAAUUAACUGCAACGAAAACGAUUCAGCAACAUCCUGCAUGUUUUUGAGACCUGUGAUUGCACAGUAUUUCGUGGAUAUCCGAGCCCAUCCAAGCAAUUUCGAAGCACUUGAUAGAAAUCGACCUAUUUUCGAUCGAAUACAAAAUCCAUCUAAAAGAUGGCUCAAAGAAAUCGUAAGCGAAAGAGAGAUGUCACUACGAAAAUUCAAGGAUGUGUUACGAACCUCUGGAGAAUACGUAAUUAUGAUGAAAGAGAAGCCAUCCGUUGAUCCUCUUGAAAUACUUACGCAUAAUAUCAAGAAAGGUCUUCAAUUGAAUACGACACUCGACGACGAAGAUAUCAUGCUGAUUGUUGAGAUAGUUUUUCCUAUCUUCGUAUUCAUCAAGGACUAUUAG